GGCUCAAAUAGCCGUUAGAAAGAAAAGAACAGAAAAAAAAAAAAAAAAAAGGAAAAAGGCAAACGCUCGAUUUUCACAAACUCGGCCAAUCCAAACCAAAACCCACAACGAAGGAAAAAAAAGCAAUGGCGACGAGUAUUGGAAUGAUGGAUUCGGCUUAUUUCGUCGGCAGAUCUGAGAUUCUUGCUUGGAUCAACUCCACUCUCCAUCUCAAUCUCUCCAAAGUUGAAGAGGCUUGUUCCGGUGCGGUUCAUUGCCAGCUUAUGGAUGCGGUUCAUCCAGGGAUGGUGCCGAUGCACAAAGUCAACUUCGAUGCCAAAAACGAAUACGAGAUGAUCCAAAAUUACAAAGUCCUCCAAGACGUCUUUAACAAACUCAAAAUCACCAAGCAUAUCGAGGUGAGCAAGCUGGUGAAAGGGAGGCCGCUUGAUAAUCUGGAGUUCAUGCAAUGGAUGAAAAGAUACUGUGAUUCGGUUAAUGGAGGAGGUCUUCAUAAUUACAAUCCAGUGGAAAGGAGAGAGGCUUCUAAAGGAGGUAAAGAAGCCGGCAAGAAAUCAGCACCACAACAAUCCUCAACCAAGGGUUCAACGGCUGCUCCUAGACCUUCAUCUUCCCAUGCUCGAAGGAACAACAACGAUGUUUCGUCAUCCAUGAACCCUUCCAAUCAAUCAGCAAAGACUUCAUCCAAACCAUCGACAUCAGUGGCUGCUUAUGAUGAACAGAUCACGGAAUUGAAGCUGUCUGUGGAUAGUCUUGAGAAAGAGAGGGAUUUCUACUUUGCAAAGUUGAGAGACAUUGAGAUUCUCUGCCAGACUCCUGAGAUUGAAGACUCACCGAUUGUUGCAGCUAUCAAAAGGAUUUUAUAUGAUACAGAUGCUGAUGCAUCAGUGGUGACCGAAGCUCAAGCCAUGGUGUCUCUUCACCCCAAAGAAGCAUUAGCUUUGAGUCCAAUUGCUGAGGUAUCAGAAGAAAAAUCCAGUUCUGAAACUCAGAAGAGAAAAAUCAUUUUGAACAUCGAUGUUGAUGCUGCUGGAAUCACAACACUGUCUCCAAGGCAAAGGCUCUCUGAUGCUUCCGAUGUUCACUGCAGUGGGUCACCUCUUAUGACUUACUGAUCAGCAAUC